AUGGAAGAUUCUUUUACAGGACUGGGGCUUGGCCAUGGAGGCAGGACUACAAGUGACUCACUUCCCAAGCCCAGCCUCCGCAUCUGCCCAAGCUGGUUUGUCCUUCCCGGAAGCAAUGUGACCCUGAGGUGCCAGGCUCCGAUCAGGGAUGUACACUUUGUUUUCAGAAAGUCAAAACAGUUUCUGAUUUCCCCACGGUCACCUGAUGCCACAGAGAGCCAGGCUGAAUUCCCCCUCGUGGAUGUACAACAAAGUGAUUCCGGGGAGUACACUUGUGAGUACUCCAGAAGGAGCUCCCAUGGACCCUCACCACUAAGUGAUGUGGUUCUCCUUCUGGUUACAGGAAGCUUUCCUAAGCCUUCCCUGGACGUCCACGUGAGACGUAAUGUGACUGCAGGAGAAACGGUGACUCUGGAUUGCAGGAAGUCUGGCAACAAGGACAGAUCUCUACAAUUCGCUCUGCUGAAGGAAGGCACCUCAGAGCCCAUUAAGGUGCAGAGGCAAGAAAGGAGAAGAACACAGUUCCUCCUUCAGAAUGUGUCCGUCAACGACUCUGGGAAGUACAGCUGUGUCUACUUCCAGCCUGAACCCCCUUUCUGGGCCUCCCACAUCAGCGAUCGCCUUGAGAUCUGGGUGACAGCUUCUCAGGAUACCGCUUUCGUAAAAGAUUAUAACAGGUGGAACCUCACCCGCCUGGGUCUGACGGCUGUAAUUCUGAUGACCAUGGGUGCUUUCCUGCUGGAAGCCUGGCUUAGCCAGAAGAAGUCUUCAUGUGGAUCCAGGUCCCACAGCUUUUGUGGAGAAUGAGAGUAUUGGAUGGAGUUAGGCCUGCUGCUCUGUAACCAUUUCCUGUAGUCUUGGUUCUCCGUACUAUUGCAAAGCAUUCCAGGGCACAAUGAUGGCUUUCCAGACAUCCCUGAGGAUAAAGAUCCAACCAAGCAAGGAUGGUCGCACAACUCGAAGAAUCUAAUCCAUGUCACUGAGUUGUGCGUGUAGAAAUUGUUGAGUUGGCAUGUGUUUUUGUUAUGUCUACUUGCACCACAACAGGAAGAACCAUUUUUAAUUUAAUUAAAUCUUAGAAGGUGCCUCUAAGGAAAUAUUAUUCGAUACAACAUUGAACAGCCUCUCAUUUCCCUGCUCAUCAGUCAUCUGCCAUCGGUCAGCUCUCACAUAAGCCCAAGCCCAUAUGUGUGCCCAUGUGUUCCCGGGGAUCAUUGUUCCAUUUAUUUCCCAGUGUGGUUGUGUUUCUCUUUUUCCCUGUCAGGGGAAACCCGCGUCCAACGAUCGAAGGUCCAGAAGGCGCAACGUACAGCGAGGAUAUAUAAGGAUGAU